AUGGCUGACACCCCAAGGAAAAGGCCUACCAAACAGCUUUCCAGCGAUAGCCUGAAGGAGGACUUCGAGGACUCACUUAUAAAUGAGUUCGACCUUCCAGCCAUAGACGACGGCGAACCGGAGUUUGGUGGCAGUGUCGAGCUACUCUACAAUCGCACAUCGGAAGGCCUGCGUUUAGACGAAAAUUGGGACAGCUUCCCAGACGUUAACACGGAGGCAGAGCAGGACUCGGUGUACCAAAAAAUGGCCCAGGCUCUGGAAUACAGAGACAAGCUGCUGGUGAAGGCAGUUAUCCGGGAACUGGAGAAGGAAAUGGCUCCCAAGAUCAAAAAAAUGCAGGAGCACAAGCAGAAAUACGAGCUGCUGAAAAAAGUAUACAAGCUACCAAGCGUCUCGAACUUGGCAGAAUUUCGCACGGAUAAGCCGAAACCAAAAUCCAAACGCUCAAGACGCCACUCGAUGGCGGUGGCUCGCACACCCCUGGAUCCUAUCAGUGAGGAAGCCGAAAAACGCGAUGCCCCCGUGCUGGCAAGGACCAAGUCACAUGACCCUGGUCACGAGAAGCAGCAGAAGCAAGGCACCCCCAGGUCCAACGCUAUCCCCAUUCCGAUCCCUUCGCUGAGUCCCGCAUACAGCCGCACUUCCGACCACAGAGACCUUCGCAUUCUUUCGACUAUCGAGCUAAUUUCCAUCAAAAGCCGCAUUCUCAAUCACACCUUCCCCGACGUUGGCCGGAUCACCGGUCUGGUGCUCAAAUUCGAGCAGAACGCAGACUACAAGCCGGGAACGCGUAAGUCGCUGGAGAUUCGGAAGCUCAAUAACAAACUCCUUCUCCAAGAGAUCGAUCACGAACUAGCUGCUCGAGGGGAGCUCGCCAAAAAUGUGUUACAAUGA